AGACACUCCGGUCCCCGCCCCGGCUGCGGCCCCGAGCAGCGGCGGCGCCGCGGGCCCGUUCCCGGGCGGGCGCUGGGGCCCGCUGCCCUCAGCUGACAUGGCGGCCGCGGGCCCCUCCCGCGCUGGCGGCCCGGCAGCGGCCGCCCCUCCUCGGCCGGCCCGCGGCACGGCGGCGGCGGCGGCUUCCGGCGGAGCCCUCUUGCCUUCAACAAAGAUGGUGCUCCCCGCGCAAGCUCCGCGGGCGCCGGCGCUUCCUGGGUAGCUUCCCGCUCCCCUCGUGUUGCCAGAUGGAUGCCAGAGACAAGCAGCUUUUACGCUCCCUGCGCCUGGAGCUCUGUACAGAGGUGCUGGUGGAUGGACUCGUAAUUCAGUAUCUCUACCAAGAAGGGAUUCUCACAGACAGUCAUGUUCAAGAAAUAAAAGCCCAAACCACUAGUCAGAGGAAAACCAUGAUGCUCCUUGAUAUUCUCCCCACCAGAGGACCCAAAGCUUUUGAUGCAUUCUUGGAUUCCUUACAGGAGUUCCCGUGGGUUAAGGACAAGUUGAUGCUAAAGCGUAAGGAAAUGACAAUACAAGAUCCUUCAGAAUUAUCUGAAGUCGCACCAUGCAUUUUGAAGACGUCACCAACAGAUCAGCAGUUGAACAAGCUGGCAAGGAGUCUGGGACCUGAAUGGGAGCAUGUAGUUCUGUGCUUGGGUUUGUCCCAUACUGACAUCUAUCGAUGUAAAGUCAAUCACCCUCACAACCUGCAGUCACAGAUUGUAGCUGCAUUUGUCCUGUGGAAACAGCGUUUGGGGAAAAAAGCAACAAUCCAAAGUCUGCACGCCAGUCUGGUGGCAGAAGAAGUGGAUCCUUCUGUGAUACAGUACAUGCUUGAGUGAAGCCAUGCUAUUUACUCAGAGCUUCCAUGUAUUUCGUUAAAUUAAGUAAAGAGGAUGAGAAUGUAUGUUGAAGAUCAGACGCCUCAAACUGUAAAAAAAGCAGGGUUGGGAACUGUGAUUUUAUUAAGCUGAAACAUUCCAGUUUUCUGUGGCAUCUUGUGACUUGUAAUUCUUUUCAGGCCAGAUUAAUUUUUAGCAGGCAUUAAAAAAUAGAUCACUCUUUCCUGUUCCCUUUUGUGCUAUUUCAGUUGGGAUAUAGAGUGACAAAGUUCUUGCAAGCAGGUGGGCGUGCAGUAAGUUCAGCAAGGUUUUCGAUUUCACUGAGGGAGCAAGACUUGUUUAACUUUUUUCCUGGACUAUGUAGGAGCCUUUUUACUGCUGUUUCAUGCUAGUUCCCUGAUACUACAGCAAGAAAUGAGACUAGUCACCAUUACUAAUUAACAAUUUUACAACAGUUAUUGCAGGUGGCUAAUUUCACAUUUAUAAAAGUUUCAGCACAUACAGUUUCUUGCUAGGAUAGAUGGCUGCCACUUUGGUCUGCCUUUGAAAAGGGCCUUAAGUGGAAAUAGCAGGAAUGUUGUGUGCCUGUGAGGGUUUCUGGACUUAUUUAAUGGUUUCUGCAGGCAGGCCCUAUGUGCAUAUGCCAUGUCACAGAUGGGGAGUUCUUAGGGAAGACACACAGAAAAAAAGUGACCAAAAGUAAGCAAGAACCAGGUAAACUGAGCAAGAAGCAGCCUAAAAAGGAGACAACUUCUAAGUUGUCCGUGGUUGUCUCUGCUAAUAAACUGGGAGACCGUCUGAUGCCUGCUGAGCCUUUGAACUGUGCUCUGUAUCCAGGCAGUCUGGUUUCAUGGUGAGGUCAAGCACCCAUAGGCAAAUUCCUCUGACCACUGCACACCCAACAGGGUAGUGAAUUCUGCAGGUCCUUUCUGGUCAAGAUGAACUUCCCACUACUCUCCCUCCAGCUUCCCUCCAGCCGUCCACCAGGCUCAUUUGCUUUCUACCAUUUUUUUUACAUCUAGUGGGGGCAGCUUUGACACUGCUGUCCUCAGUUCUUCUUUGUACCACCAAUGAAGAUCAGAUUUUAUGCAGAAAAACAGUAAAGCUUGUGCUAUUCUCCUCCUUCCCUUCUGUCAUGGAGAUUUUAUUCCUGCUGGAAAAAAAAAUCUGAGAUUUUUGCUGACCAGGAAAGUGGGGAUCAGUCUGCAGGAUACCCAAAGGCAAUGGGAGUGACCAACUGCUCUCUGAGGCCUAAUGAUAAGAGGCAGAAUAAAUUUUAAUUCUCUGUGCAGUUUGCUGUACAGUAAAUGCAGAACAUAAUUUUGAAGCUGAGUUUCUAGGUCUAUUUAUGAACAAGUUACUUUAGACUCUUUCAUCUACAGAGUCAUUGUGAAAUGACUCUUCCCACCCCGCAAAAUUUGCUCUAAUUUCACAGCUUAACAACCUUGUCUGAAGUCUCUAAUGGGAAAAGAAUGAACUUUUCUGCUUUUUAAUUUUUAAAAUUUGUUAAUUUUAUACUCAAAUUUUGAAAUACAUGGGAAAUUAGAAAAGACAAAGAGAUUUUAAAGAGACCCUAUGUGCCUUGGUUUUUAGAAGCAUGGAAACAGAAAAUAUAUCCUGGCAGGAUCUGGCUCUUGCAGGUUCUGAAGCAAUCUGGUAAUAUUUCAGUUUAAGCUUCUGUAUACAAUUCUGACGUUCAGUAAAUUGUUAUACUGUUAUACCUUACUCAGUUCUUAACCAAUCAUAUUCAGAUCUCAACAAGUCAUAUUGUACUUCCAGAGAUUAGCUAUGUCAAUAAAUUCCAGAUAAACAAGGUGAAUUAAUUUUGGGUUU